AUGCAUUCUGAUUUUCGCCAAAUCUCAGUAUUACCGCAAUUGGCUAAAGUCUUAGAAAGCAUCCAACUUAAAUUAAACAAAGGGGACCUUAAGAUCAAGGACAUUCAACAUGCAUUUACACACGGUAGAUCAACUGUAUCUGCACUGGCGAGCAUCACCCAAAAUUGGUUCAACAAGACUGAAAACUCACGUGAUGGAAGAAUGGGUAUCCACGCCCUAUUUAUUGACUUUUGCAAAGCAUUUGAUCUGGUGGACCACGGAUUGCUUUUAAGAAAGCUCGCCAAAAUAAACGUGUCGAAAAGCUUCUGGCUAUGGACACGGAGCAUUCUGGAAGGGAGGAGUCAGCAAGUAAAAUUACAAGGUGCUCUGUCAUCUAUAAGGCCUUGCCCUUCCGGAGUCCCCCAGGGAUCUGUUAUAUCACCAACAUUGUUUAAUGUUCAUGUGGAUGACCUCGAAGACUGCAUUCCCAAUUAUCUGGACAUCAAUACGCACAAAUACGCAGAUGACUGCACUCAAGAUGAAGUGAUUCCAUACGGUUCUACUAGCAACAUGCAAGAGGUGCUCGAUGCAAUAAACAACUGGGCACAUAGAAACAAGAUGAAACUUAACGCGAAAAAGACGAAAGACAUGUGGAUCUGCUUUAAAGCUGCAAUUCCGGAACCACCACAUCUUAAAAUUGGCGAAGAUACAAUUGAAAGAGUAAAGUCAUUCAAGUUGCUAGGUCUUUGGAUUGACAAUACCCUUAAAUGGAACACCCACAUUGAUGAAAUUGCAAGGAGGGCAAACAAACGCUUAUUCUACCUACGGGAGUGUCGUCGUGCAGAUCUACCAACUAAUGUGGAUUUGACGUGCUAUGAAUCCAAAUUAAGACCGGUUUUGGAAUAUGCGGCCCCAAUUUGGGGUGGCCUACCACAAUACCUUACUGACGAACUGGAAAGUAUCCAGACUAGAAGCCUGAAAAUUAUGGGUCUACCUUCUGAUUCUCUUCAAUCUCUAGAACAACGUCGGGAUAAACUUUCCAUUCGCGAGUACGAGAAAAUCAUUAAUGACGAAACACACCCAUGCAGGAAGUACAUACCAGACAUGGUGACGAACAAGUAUGACCUAAGAACACCAAAAAUUCUUCCCGGAAUUUUCUCAUACACUAAAAGGCAUGAACUAUCGUUCAUUCCCAGAACAAACUCAUUAUUAUAG